GAGAAGCAGAUCGUAGUCCUUCGUUGGGUCCUCUUCGAUGGGCCAGUCACAAGUGGUCAGGAGCUCAAACAAUCUGACGUCGUCUUGACAGCAGUUGAUGAUAGUGAUGGUUUUCUGAUGCAGAGGACGGAGUCGAAGGAUAGCCAGGGCGAGGUGAUAGGAUCACAUGCGAAUCGACGAGAUGUACAGCAGAUCGUGUUUUGCGGUGUUUUUGUUAUGAAAUCAAGUCCACAAAUGUACUACCAGGACAACAAUGCCCUCUCUCCUCUGGGGAAUCCUUCUUCCACCCAAACCUUCAGCUUUGACGACGACGAUUUUACUCCAUCCCAGCAAAUGAAAUGUGAAAUUUAUCGCUGUGUGCAGGCAAGAGGAUACUGUAGUGAUGUUGACUGCGCUUCAAUGGGAUUCAAAACCUAUAUUGAUAGCAGUCGUGAAAGAGAAGAGAACUGCAGAAGUGACAAUGACUGUCACUUGUAUCUUGAAGAAAUCUGUUGGAAUAGUAAUUCCGACUUGUUUCCCAUCCCAAACUCGUAUAAUAUCACUGUUUGUGAAGUGGCAGCAGAUAACGGUGAGGAACUGCCACUAACGCCUCCUGGUCCGCAACCUGGCAUUGUCGACAAAAAGACCAUUCAAGAAAAAGUUAUCUCAGUAGAUAACCGUGAGGAACUGCCACUAGCUGAUCCGCAAGAUCCUGGUAUUGUCGACAAAAAGACCAUCCAAGAAAAAAUUAUCUCAGUAGAUAACUGUGAGGAACUGCCACUAGCUCCUGCUGGUCCGCAAGAUCCUGACAUUGUCGACAAAAAGACCAUUCAA